AUGUCGGCGUCGGGCGGGCGUCUUGGGCCGGUUGGUGGUCGGUUGCUGUGCGGGAAGGCGUGUAAACAAAAUAACACAGCAAGCGAGAGCUUGACGCUUCUCUUGCUCCAAGUCACGACCAGCCAUCUACCAGCAUCAUACUCGCAGCAGAUACUAACCAUGUCUGUUCACGCGGAGCCUCCGCCAUCUAUCGUAUCGGAACCGCAUGGCAUCAAUUAUGCUACCUCCAACCAACUGGGCAAGGGCGGCUUCGCCAUUUGCUUCAAAGCUGAACGUCUCGAACGCGACCAACCCACCGGCCAUGUUGUUGCUCUGAAGAUUGUCAAGUCUAGGAUGGAGCCCGCCAAGCUAGCGCAAAAGUUCAUCACCGAAUUGCAAAUUCAUUCCAAACUCUCCCAUCCUAAUAUUGUAGGCUUCCAUCGCGCAUUCUCUUUUGGCGAGAGUACCUACGUCGUCCUAGAACUCUGCUCCAGCGGCUCGCUCGCAGACAUGCUGAAGCGUCGCAAAAACAUCACUAUGCCCGAGAUCCGUCGCUUCAUCAUCCAAGUCUCUGGCGCCGUCAAAUACCUGCAUGCGCGCAACAUUGUCCACCGCGAUCUCAAAACCGGAAACUUGUUUCUUGACGAGAAGAUGAACAUCAAGGUCGGUGACUUUGGCCUCGCCGCAUUGCUUGUCAGUGGAAAAGACAUGGACGCAAAGCGACGAACUACCAUGUGCGGCACACCUAAUUACCUAGCCCCAGAAAUUCUGGAGAAGGGCAAGGGUCACAGCGAAAAGGUCGACCUAUGGGCUAUUGGUAUCAUCGCAUAUACUCUUGCCGUCGGAAAGGCUCCAUUCCAUGCAUCAUCCAAGGAAGAAAUCUACAAGAAACUGAAAGCAGGCGAUUAUUCAUGGCCGGAACUGUCUUCGAUCACAAACGAAAUUUCCGCAGACCUACGAGACUUGGUCUCGUCUCUACUGGUCUCAGAGGAGCUGCGCCCUUCUCCGGAUCAAAUUGUUUCACAUCCUUUCUUCAAGAUCGCCUUUGUUCCCAGACAAAUGAGCCGGGCUCAAGUCAGCAAAGUUCCCACAUGGCCCAACGUGCAACCGCCGAGUCCAGAGGUGCUCCAAAGAGGCUACAGUGAAUCCUGGUGGUAUGUCUGCAAGGAGUCUGGAGUUGGUGAGUAUGCACCAGGCAAAUGCUUCCAGCUCAAUGCAGGAAAGAAAAUACGCAGCAUUGUGAGAGACAUCGAAAGGGAGGUUGCCGCAGGUCGCCAGCCCGUGAUACCUAUUCCAUCAGACACAGUUUAUAUGUCGCCGAACAGCAACAGCAUCGACGCAUUCCUUCCCAUGAACGCAUUGCCAGAAAUUGCUGAGGAGCGCGAGCCCGACACAAGACAGCUCAAGGAGAUAUGCCAUAAUGAGGUUCAGCCAACAUCCAGAGAGAACAGCGCAGACGAGACUAAGAAGAAGAAGGAUGCCGAGCUGAUGCCUCCUCCCCCUCGUGUUAGACGAGCAGGGCCGAUACGAAGGACGCGCGCAGUCACGGAUGACAAGGAAGAAAAUGCUCCCGAGUCCACUCGCCAAUCUUCUCGACUGAACACGCUCAGCCAAACUAACACUUUGAGUCAAACCGCCUUCAGCGGCACGAAUUUCCUCCCAUCAUCUUCACAGCCUCAGAGCGGAGAGAUCAUCCCAGUCUCAAAGCGAAGCGAGAACCUUGGAAGACCGGUCCUCCCACCACCUCCAGCCAUGACUGCAAAACUCCCGGUUCCAAGGAGAAAGGCUCUUGAGACAACUUCAGCUUUCCCAGGAUCAGAUCCGACAGCAGUGUUGGAGCGACUGAAUGCAUUCAGAGACAAUCUAGCCUCGGCUUUGGAGAAGAAGCAUUUGGCGCCUUCCCGACGAGUACCGCAACAACCGUCGAAACCGCUUCCGUUUGUGAGUCGAUGGGUAGAUUAUAGCAAGAAGCAUGGUGUAGGAUACGUUCUGGACGAUGGUACAGUGGGAUGUGUCAUCAACGGCUCUGCAGCCAGCGGAACACCCGUGACCCAUGUGGCAGUCAAGAAUGGAGAACGUUGGCUCGCACGUAUAGGAAAGCGCUUUGAGCAUCUGGAACAUGUUCCGUUCAGAAUGUUCGAAGACCAUGGAGCUGCUGGACUGGAAAAGCUUGAUCUCACGACCAGAGAUGAGAAAAUGAGGGAAAGGUUACGAAUGCUCCGCGUUCUAUGGGUCAAGUUUGGAAGAUACAUGAGCCAAACGCUCAACGCAACUGAGACGACAGAUUGCGCGGACGAUGAAAUGGAUGUGGACUCGGACUUGCUCUUUGUUCGGUUUUACCAAAGAUCAGGCAAUGUCGGUAUCUGGGGAUUCUCGGACGGCUGUGUCCAGCUCCAUUUCCCCGAUCAUACCAAAUUCGUUAUCUCCGCUGAUGGUUUGCAUACUUCUGCGACACUCGUGCCAGUCGAGGGCGUGCGCGCAAUUGAAGAGAAGCAUGAUUUGCCAACCAAGCUGCUCAGAGAUCGCCAGACUUUGGUGCAUUCAAUUCAUGCUUUGUUGUACGGCUCGCAGCCCGGAGCGCGUGGGCGGAAGCUGUUCGCCGACAUGGUUCAAGCCAACAUGGUCGAAGAAAAAUUGUAUUUGCUGCUUCAAAUACUAGAUCAGUGGAUAUCAGGAGGUGGUCUUGGUUGCACGGGCGUUGGAGAGGAACGCCUGCAGUGGCAGGGUUCUUGGGUCAACGAGCACGCGCGCAAGAUUGACUGGGUGACGGUGGGCAGGCUUGGGGGUGACGAGGUCAGAUCAUAA